UUUAAACCAAGGGCCAGGGAUCUUAUCUAAGUACUUCAUGCGUAUACUUGAGAACAGUAUAAAAGCGAAACGCGAUAUAUCGUCCUCACCUUUUCGCAGCAACAUGAUCAAGAUUGUACUGAUUGCAGCGCUCGCCACAUUGGCCGUUGCAAGCCCGAGGCUUCGCGCUGGAGUUCCACAACUAGAUGGAAGGAUUGUGGGUGGAGACAAUGCGAACAUUGAAGAUUAUCCGCAUCAAGUUUCGCUUCAAGUUUUAGACAUUCACAACUGUGGCGCCUCGAUCAUUGCUCGCAACCUUGUUUUGACUGCUGCUCAUUGCACAUCCGACUACGAGACUAGCUACUUAAGCGUCCGUUGUGGUAGUAGUAUCAUGGAGAAGGGUGGUCAGGUUCUUAAAGUUGCACAGAAAUUCGACCAUCCUAAUUACGAUCCAACUCGCACCGACUAUGACCUUUCAGUUCUAAGGUUGGUCGGAGAAAUUGAGCUUUCGUCCAAGGCUAAGAUCAUCGACUUGGUUCCUAAGUACAUUCAGGAAGGAGGCCGAAGUGCUUUCGUAACUGGAUGGGGUGCUCUUUACACAGAUGGCCCGUCACCUCAACAGUUGCAAGUUGCCAAAGUGUAUGAGGAGGAUAGAGAAGCAUGUGGAAAAGCAUACCGCGGCAAAAUCACCGACAGAAUGAUUUGUUUCAAGGCUGACGGUAGAGAUUCCUGCCAGGGAGAUUCUGGUGGUCCACUUGUGAACGGUGGUUAUCAAAUUGGUGUAGUUUCAUGGGGGUACGGAUGCGCUGACGCAAGAUAUCCCGGUGUAUAUUCUCACCUGAAUAAUGCUGUUCUUAGAAAGUACAUUCUGGACCAUAUCAACAUAUAUGCUAAAAAUUAAGUUUGAACUGUCACUUCGCAUUAGCAAUGUAGUAAGAGAUUUUCUUGUACUGAUGCUACAUAUUUGUGAAUACUUCAGUAAUAAAACAAUGCAGUCAAGAAAAAUCUAA